GCUUUUCGGCUUCGGCGGUAUAAAUUCAUCCAUUGCAAAAAAUUCUGUGGUCUAAAAAUAUAUUAUUUAUGCCAUCAAUUUUCAACAUGGCCUUAAACCCCAACAAACAAUAAUUUUGAGAACGCAAAAUCGAAUACAAACAAAACUUAUUUUACAAAAUCGGAGAAAAAACCUGCGCACUACCUCUAUUUUUGUUGUUUUUCUUUUUUUUUGUUGUUGUAUUUCGGUUUGUUGAAUUUUUUCUCGAGUCGAGUGCGAGUCCCUUCCUGGGUGCCUGCGGUCUUAAUUCUCCUUUCUCUCAGCAAAACUAAAAUUUCUAUAUGAUUUUAGUUAAGUUAUAUAUCUCAUAGAGAGUGCACAUAGUUUUUACAAAAUAACAAAUGGUCUAUGAAACAACGACAACAAUUUAUUCUUUAAUAACAAAUGCCACGAAGAAUUUAAUAAAAACCUAACCAGUAUCCAAAGAAAAUAAAAAAUAAUAAUCAUGAAGGUUCCACAAUUUUAUGUGCGUUCCAACGUGCACAUGACGAACCUUGACAAUACUAUUCAGAGACUCCUUGUUAAUGAAAGUCUCAUUGAUGUGACUUUAGCAUGUGAUGGUCAUAAAUUUCAAUGUCAUCGUUUAGUUUUAGCUGCGGCAUCUCCACUUUUUGAAGAGCUUUUAAAAGAACACCCAAAAGAACAUCCAAUUGUAAUCAUACCAAUUGGUGUAAAAUGGCAAAUUUUGAAGUCCCUUAUCGAUUUCAUGUAUCGAGGACAAACUUGUAUCAAUCAAGCUGAACUUAAGACUCUGAUUGAAAGCGCUGAGCUACUUCAAAUAAUUGGAUUAUAUGACCCACAAACACAAUUUCGAGAAAUAUAUGGUGAGGAUGAUGGCGAUGAACAACAGAUGAGUAUAACUGAGGAGAAUAUGAAUGAAACUAAAAAUGAAAACGAAGAAAUUGCCCAAGAAGUACAAGAACCGGAACAAAAAAAUACUAACUUCGAUGAUUGUAAUCCAAAUCAUGGAGAGAAUAACGGUCAAGAGAACCUAAGUCAAGAGGAUAUAAGAGAUGAGAAAGAUGAAAUCAAAGAAGUACAGGAAACUAAUGAUAAUUGCAUAAAUGAACCUGAAAACAACGUUGAAACUGAUUCCGAUGAUAAAAACAAAGAAUACAUUGUUGAUUAUAUUGAAAUUGAAGAUAGCCAAGAUGAAAUGCCUCCUCCUCCUCCUCCUCCUCCUAAAGAAGGAGAGGAUGUCGUUUCUAAGAAUCAAACGACUGAGGAAAACGAUGAAAUUCGUGCCAACCAUGAAGAUGACAAAGAAACAACAAAACAAGAAAAUAAUGAAAUGGAAGUUGGCGAAACAAAUAAUUUAGACAGUAAUAACCAACAGAAUGUCCCAUGUGCAGCAACAGCAUCCGCAGAAACACAAACAGCUGAAACAAUGCCCACAAUUAGAGUAAAACCAGCAAUUAAACUUAUCAACUUGUUUAAACUAAAUCGACCAGGCGAUGAAAAUCAAUCGCCAUCGAAAGUUCCAUGGACCUACAUACAUAUACCCGCUACACCAGGGUCAAAUAUACAAUCGCCCAGCGAACAAGUUCCACUAAAAAAUCCCUUUACUUCAUUGCCAAAAUUGAUGCCGAAGCCAAGGAUACGAUCGCCCAGCGAACAAGUUCCACUAAAAAAUAAAUUUACUUCAUUGCCAAAAUUGUUGCCGAAGCCAGCCCCUUUGGUUAUUUCAAAUCCAGUUCACGAAUUUAAUGAAACACCAGCGUCGUCAUGUGUUGGAAGUGUUCCUUCCUUUUUGAAAUUCAACAGUAGUUCGAUGGCGAUUUCGGUGAAGAAUCUUGAUCGCACAAAGUCGCGAGAGAAACUCAAUGUACUCAAUAUGGCAUUGCAAUCGGAACCAUCAGAACAAGAACAGAAAGAUAAUCUCCCACCAGAAUAUGAAGAUGAUGGAAACGAAGCAAACCGAGAACCAGAUUAUACUGAUAUAAAUGAGGAAAUAGAUCUAGGAAUGAUUAAAGAUGAACAUGAUGUGAAAACCGAGUCAAUGGACUUUGAAUAUAAUAACGACAGCAAAGCUGAGGAGGGUGAAGCUGAAAAUAUCAUAUGCCAACCAAAUGUAUCCUAUAUCUACGAUGGUGAAGAGUAUGGUAGAGACGUUGAACAUGUUGAGGAUGAUGAAGAUGGUGUAUGCAUUGAUUAUGAUCGUUUGGUUGCAGAAACUUAUGGCAAAGGGAAGAAAAGUUCUCCGCAACAAAAAGCCAAAAAGAAACCGAUUAACAAAAAGUCUAAAAAAUUAAAAGCGCCACAACGUUCUUCGGUAAAACCAAUAGCACCAAAAAAUUACAACAAUCUAACGUUGUUUAACACAGCAGCACCUUCAGAACCAACAAAUAGCCAACAGCUUUCUCAACGACUAAAGGAUCCACCAACUUUGGUACCACUUUCGGUAAUGCAUGCCGGUUUAGGACCAAAACAUUUAUUCUGUAAAAACAGUACCAAAAUAGAACCUUUGGACAAUGAUAACAAUUUUAGUAAUUCAGUAUUACGAGACACAACAAUACAACCCGCACCAAAUACUCAUACACGUAAAGCUGUUAUUUUAAGAAAUCCUAGAUGCAAUCAGCCAAGACAUUAUAGUACUGAAUCAUUGUACGCUGCUUUGAUGGCUGUCAAGUUUGGUGACAGUAUUUACCGGGCAUCUCGACUCCAUCAAGUACCAAGAAAAACCCUGCGCAACUGGAUGAAGCGAUGGGAUAUAAAAUCACAAUUUCCCAUGCCAAAACAACUUAAAGACGCAGCUACAAAGAAGAAACUUAAUCAAGAUCAAAGUGCUUGACUAUCGCCAGUGGCUGCACCAUCAGCAGCCAAUGGAACUACCCGAACUGCUAGGAAACGAACUUCCCCAAGGACAUGUACUGUUACGUCAGCAACAGCUACACUUACAACAUCUACAAAUGGGAGAAUGUUUGAUGUCAAAAGCACAUUUGUUUGUUUAACAAACAAAUAGUGUGUUGGCAUCACUCACUCGUAAGAACAAAAGUUUUUUUUUAUCAAAAGUCAUUCAUUUUUUUGUACUGUUUUUGGUUUUGUGUUCCUUUAUAAUGAUCAAACAAUUUUCAUCAAAAAAAUCAAUUCCGAAAAAAAUUUAUGUUGCAAUUGAAAAUUGCGAAGGUUUGAUUUGAACCUUUUAAAUGAUUUUGUUUCUAUACGUUUUGAUUUGCAACACAAUCAGUGAUUUCUCAAAAUGUCAAAACAAAUUUGUAAUGAAAUUUUUGAAUUUGUUCGAGUUAAAAAAAAAAAAUACCAUCCAAAAAGCUUGUUUCAAACUCAAAUAUCAUGAUUGAGUAAUUUUAUGUAAGAAACUGGUUUGAUAAAAAAGAAAUAAUGUAUAAUAAUUGAAGUAAAUAAUGAUAAUGAUUUUUCUAUCCCUAAGGCACGGGAAAGAAAGAGAAAAUUAAUGUAUUUUAGUUUUAAAAAGCACUUAAGUCUGAUGUCAAUUCAAUUAUUAUAUAUACAUAAUUACAUUUAUAUAUAUACGUUAUGGCUAAAAACCAAAAAAUAUUGAAAAAUAUCUUUUUUCUAGUCUCAACAUCAUUAGUUUUAGUUUUGUAUUUAAGAAAUUACUAGAAAGUAAUUAGUGAGCAUAUGUGUCUGUUCAUUUUUGUUUGUUUUCGUAAUUGACAUGAAUAUUUUGUAUAAUUAUUUUACUAUUUUUUGUUUCUCUUCUAUUUGUGUCUUUGAGUCAUUAUAAAAUCCCUUAUAGACGUGCUUAUGAAAUUUUAAAAACCAAGACAAAUUUUUUUUUAUUAUAAUAACGCGUCAACAAGUGAAUAAAAAAAGAAGAAGAAACUUAUACUAUACAGUAGUAUUAUGGAGUUAACUUAUGAGGCUUUCUGUAUUUUUGGAUUUCAGCAUAAAAAUUGGCAAAUUAAAUAUAUGGUGUCCGCUAACAUGGAAAGUCAUGAAAUACAAUUUUUGGUCAGGAAAUGUCGGGGAAUUUGGGAAUUUUAUGGCGACUUUAAAAAUAAUGGAGAGUGAUUAAUUGGUCCUUAAAAAAAAUAUGUAGCUAAAAAAAAACGACAAAUUAAUUUGGUCGUUCUUAACUUUAAAGAAACGAAAAGCAUGGUCUAAGAUCAUGAUGAACGCCCGGAGAGAACAAAGAAAAAGAAUGUAAAUGUGUGUACACUGUACACAUAACACACAAGAUCUGUGAAAAAAAUGAAGGUUUGUCCUUUUUGACUGAAAUUUAAUGUAAACCAUUGAAAUAUUUACAUUUCCUACCAUUUUGUGGAAAUGAAAUUUCAAAACAAUAUUUUUAAAAUUUUUGGUCAAGAGAAAUUUUGAAAUCGGUCAGGAAAAGUCGGAGAAAAUGAAGGUUUGUCCUUUUUGACUGAAAUUGAAUUUAAACCAUUGAAAUAUUUACAUUUC